AUGGCUACACCCUCAGAGGGCCCGCCGUCUAGGGACGGGCUCGCCCCGCCCGACGAUGCGGCGCUCGGCCCCGGCGACAUGGCCAACAACAACACGCAGGACGAGCGCGAGCGGUCCCGACGCCUGGAGAAUGGUGGUGAUUCGUCGCGCCCGUCGCGCGAGCGCUCGCGCAACGGCUCCCGGAGGCCCAGCGGCUCAAGGGUCUGCGGGAAAUGCGGCGGACACCUGACGGGCCAGUUCGUCCGCGCAUUGGGCGACACGUUCCACCUUGAGUGCUUCACUUGUCAUGAUUGUGACAAGAUUGUAGCGUCCAAGUUCUUCCCCGUGCCCGAGCAGGGGCCCAAUCAAUACCCGCUGUGCGAGACUGACUACUUCCGCCGUCUCGACCUCCUUUGCUUCUCCUGCGGCGGUGCCCUCCGCGGUUCGUACAUAACAGCCCUCGACCGUAAAUACCACAUCGAACAUUUCACCUGCUCCGUCUGUCCCACCGUUUUCGGUGCUCAGGACAGCUACUACGAGCACGACGGCAGCGUCUACUGCCACUUUCAUUAUUCCACAAAAUUUGCUCAGCGCUGCAACGGCUGCCAGACCGCCAUCCUCAAGCAGUUUGUCGAGAUUUUCAGAAAUGGCCAGAACCAGCAUUGGCAUCCGGAGUGCUACAUGAUUCACAAGUUCUGGAAUGUGCGCCUCCACACAACCGGCCAGCCCGUUGUCGAGAAAGCGCUGGCAGGAGAGGAAGACACCGAUGAGCUGAGAAAAGACGUCAGGAUGGAAGAGGAGAAAAUCGAAGAACGUGUCAACUGGAUCUGGAAGACGCUGUCGGCCUUUGAGGAGCGCUCCGCCACUUGUAUUUCUGACAUGCUGCUUCAUGUCAGCAACGGCGCAUAUUUUGACGGAGUUCUGGCUGCCAGAAGAUUCAUCGUGCAUAUCGAUCUUCUAUUUGAGGGGGCUGAUGAGCUCGACAAAGUCUUGGUCGAACAGACCCCAAAAGGCCUGUCUUACUCCCGUGAGGCGAAGCUGCUAUGCAAGAAAGUUGUAGCGUUCUUCCAGCUCCUCGCCCAAUCACAAGACACAGGAGUGCGACGACUGGGCGUUACGCAGGAACUACUUUCGCUAGUCACUGGCCUCGCGCAUUACCUCAAGCUCCUGAUCCGCAUUUGCCUGCAGGGUGCUCUUAAACUCGAGCGGGAAACCGGCAGUGCAUCAGGGCUCAGUGGGUUUAUGGACCAGAUCAACUCCCUCGAAUCGAAGCUUGAGCAAGACACCAUCAUCGAUACCAGCAGCGAAUCUGUGGCCCUGGUGCAGCGGACUGCGGAUACUUGCCCAGUCUGCGACAAGCCGGUCGAAGACAAAUGCUUCAUGGCCAACAACAGAGUCUUCCAUGUUGCUUGCAUGAAGUGCCGGACAUGCGACAAAGAACUUCGAGACCACCAUGAGGCUCGGUGGAGCCCGUCGAGCGAGAAGUUGAUGUGCGCCAGCUGCGCGGCAAGUGUCUCGGACGCCGAAUCCGGCUUUGUGCAAGUGACAAGGCUACGGCAAUACGUCCACCUUCUUAGAGUUGCGCACGCACGUCUCCUUGCAACUCUUCGCACAAGCGGCGCGCUUCCUCACACCUCAGACGACCCGAACUUGAUGGACUAUGAUUCCAACUCCGGCCACCGUGUCUCCCCUGCAGGCUCUGAACCAGCAGCAGAACCGCCGCUGCUCAGGUCGGACACCAGAUCAAAGUCCUACACUGGUCACAACAAUGAGAAGGCCACCCCCUCGUCCUACGAACAGACCCUUGGCGAUAUCCGAAGACUGCGGUCUACAAGACUCGACAAGCAUUUAUCUCAAACCAUGAAACGUGCGAGGACUUCUCGGGUCAUGGAUGGCCCGGAGGGCAUCCGUCCUGGAUCUGCUGGUGACGCACAGAGAGGCAGCGGUCCUAACAACAUGACUAUCGAACAGGGACGCGACUACAACGAGACCGGGCCGUUGACUUUCGGCACCAAUGGAGGCAUUGCCCUGGACGAUAUUCCCCGUAUUGUCGCCGCGGAGCAGGCGAAGGACCAAAGACCAAAUGCAGCAAAGAGAGAUGUAUCAGGGGCGCAAGAGCUGGAGAAGGCUGCAGCUGGAGAGGGCCAUUACGGCAAGAAGUAUUUCUCGGAGCUCACCGCUCUGGAAUACUUCAUUGUCCGCCACGUGGCAGUUCUGUCCAUGGAACCGUUGCUGGAGGGCCACUUCAACCAAGAAGAGCUUCUGGAGCUCAUCGAGAACCAGAAGCGACCCACGUUCUGGGGCAAGUUUGGCAAGGCGUUCAAGGGCAACGAAAAGCCGAAGGGCGGGAAGAGGAAGGGCGUCUUCGGCAAGAGCUUGGAGUACGUCGUGGAAAAGGACGGCGCCGAAUCCACCGAUUGCGUAGGUCCCGGAACUCUCAAGGUUCCCGCCCUGGUACAGGAUGCAGUGUCUGCCAUGCGUACCAUGGACAUGUCGGUUGAGGGUGUUUUCCGUAAGAAUGGAAACAUCAAGCGCCUGCGCGAACUCACAGAAGAGAUCGACGCGAAGGGAGGGGAUGCCGUCGACCUGACACGUGAGAGUCCGGUGCAAGUUGCGGCUCUUCUCAAGAAAUUCCUUCGUGAGCUGCCCGACCCCGUCAUGACGUUCAAGCUGCACCGCCUGUUCAUCACCGGAGCGAAGAUUCAAGAUGAAGACAAGCGGAGGCGUGUGUUACAUCUCACCUGUUGUCUUAUGCCAAAGGUCCACCGCGACACCAUGGAAGUGCUGUUCACAUUCCUUAACUGGGUGUCGUCCUUCCACACUGUGGACGAGGAGACGGGCAGCAAAAUGGACAUCCACAACCUGGCCACGGUCAUCGCCCCCAACAUCCUGUACUCCAGCACCAAAAGCCCGGAUAUGGACUCCAGUUUCCUCGCAAUCGAAGCAGUGCACUCUCUCAUCCAGUGCAACGAGUCCAUGUGCGAGGUUCCGGAGGACCUUCAAUCGAUCCUGGCAGAUUCAUCCAUGUUCGACCUCAACGCCGAACUCACAACGAAAGAGAUCCUCAAGCGGGUUGGCGAGCUCGGCAAGAUCCCGCAAGCAACGGUGCCGGGGCCGCAGCAGGCAAACCGCAACUCGGGCAGCCGGUCGUCUGCGCCGGUGGUCGCACGCAUCGAAUCUGACCCGGCAUCAUACCAGGCAGAGAGCUCGGUGCGGCAUGUUGGAGGACAAAGAGACAAUGGAGAGCUGGGACCGCCGCAGCCGCCGUACGGAAACGCAUCGUCGGAUUCACACAGCGACCGCGGAUCGCCGAGCAGAUAUAGGGAGAACCGGUCAUCACAAUACCAGCGGCCCGGGGUGGGAGUUACGGGAGCCGGGUAG